CGAGAAUCGCUGUCUCGACGCGGUCUGGUGAUCUCUGAAGUAUCUGCAUUGUGGAAAGUAUGGUGGAUUGAUUGAUACUGCCUGUGCUGGAUUUUGUGGGUCUGGGUGUUGCUAUCUUUGCAAUCGCGAUUCUCAAGCGACCGAUCGACCGACCGACCGGUGAUUUCAAUUGCGUUUGUGAGACGUUUUUAUUUCUACUCCCAGCAUUGGUGUCACUUCUGAAGACGCCUCUUUUUUUUGUCUCUCGGGCAUUUUCUUUUUUGCUAGAGAAGUUGGAUCCUUCGUGGUUUAUUACAGUGAUCUAUCAUGGCCCCCGCAAGAGGACGGACUCCGGGCCAGAGAAGUCCUCAUGUACUGGUAACCGACUCGCGCGAUCAAAUAUCUUCCGCUCAGUCCCGACGUCGUCGUUCUCCGUCUACCCGAUUCAUCACAGUCGACAACGUCCUUCAAUAUACCUCUGACGUUCCCUCCAUGCAGCAACGUCAUCCCGCCCAAAGUGCGAGGGUGCGCCCAAGAUCUCGUCUGGCAUCCGCAGCGGGUGGAUUAAUCGGUGCAGGAGGCAGCGCGAACCCAUCCGCUGGCGGUGCCAGCGCCUCAGGCAGCGCAGCCUCCAUAGGGCGUCUUGCGGCCCAGUCGCGUCUCCCUCCUCGGACGACCAAAGUGAGCGAGAAGCUGGUUCUUUUGCCGGAGGCGGAGGGAGUCGACGAACGGUCGCCGGACGAAGAUGAAGAUGAGGAAGAGGCGGUGGACGAGGAACUCGUGCAGAGACUGGCCAGCGAGAAAAACGUCGAUCCGGAGUCAAUAAGACGGCGGCUUCUGGCGCAGAGGAGGCUGGGUGGAGAUUUUGGCGAGGAUAAUGAUAUUGCACCCCUGCUGGCAGAGGAAGAACUGUCGCGGCGUCGAAAGGUGGCGCCCGAGAAGGCGAAAAGCUAUGCGGAGCGUUUGCCCAAGGCGCGGCGCGCCGAGAAGCUGUCCCGUGUGACUGCGUACUGCACGGCGCAGGCCUACAAGAUGAGCUCGCUGGCGUCGUUUGUGAAGGAUAAACAUGGUGGGCGAACGAAGCUGUACGAUGACUGUCUGUACACGGCAUAUCAUCUCCCAUUGUUGCAGGGAACCGAAGGCUACAGGCUGAGAAGUAGUCCAAUGGUUAAAAGACCCGGUGGGAAAUCAUUCCUCGACGAGGAAAUCGAGCGAAACGAACUGCGUGAUCACCAUGACUAUAUGGUCGAAGCGGAGGAGCAUUCGGUCAUCGGCCGGGGAGAGCAUGGCUCGCCGCGACACCUCGACGGCGAGAAUCAGCAAGACGAGGGUUUGAUGCAUCAUGAUGUGGAGCAUGAGGAAGGUUCUCAUAUGGAUCCAGGAAGCGGAUCCCAUAACUCCAAUGCCACCCUUCACGAGCGUGCCAAUCAUGAGCUGCCUCCUGGUAUUUCCACGCCGGCGAGUCUGCCAUACAACGUGGCCGAGAUGUUCGUGUUCAGCUACGGAGUGGUUGUCUUUUGGAAUUUCACCGAGAGGCAGGAGAAAGACCUCCUUGCCGACUUGGCUUUCGCGACGUCGUCCGCCACCGGCACACCCAUUGCGCUGGCCACGAUGCCUUUGCUGGAGGAAGAUUUCGAAACGGAGGAGUUCCACUUUGAAUAUUCCACCGAGAUCACUCGGCCCCGCGUGUACAACGACAUGAUCACUCUGCGAAGUGGCGACCACAUGAUUAAGCUGGCUAUCAGUCAUGGCAUCGCCCAGAGCACCAAGCUCUGCUUCUUCGAAGAAGUCAUGGCCCGCCAGAUGGCGGAGGCCAAGGACAUUCCGCGCAGACUAGCCAUGACGGGUCAACUUGGCAUGAAGCGAGAGGAGGUCUUCAGGAUCCUGGGGAGACUUUUCAAGAGUCGAGUAGAGGUCAACCUUUCCUCCAACAUGCUCGACGUUCCCAAUUUCUUCUGGGAGAGCGAACCCACGCUGUACCCUCUCUAUAUCGCGGUCCGCGAAUACCUCGAAAUCAAGCCGCGCAUCCAAGUGCUCAACGAACGCUGCCGCGUCUUCCUCGACCUUGCCGAGAUCCUGUCCGACUCCAUCGCUGACAACAAGACCUCUCACCAAACAUGGAUCAUCAUCGUCCUCAUCCUCAUCUCCAUCAUCGUCACCACUUCCGAAGUCUUCCUGCGCUUCGGUCUUCUCUCCGCCGAAAAGGGGACCACGGCUGGUACUGUCGCCGCCUCUCUCUUCUCGCGAUCCUCGCCUUCCCUCCCUCCACUUCCGGCCUGCUCGUGUCCUCUGCUCCCUGGUUCUGAUGCCGUAGCGGGGGCGGGGCUUAAUGUUACGGGAAUUUGAUUCGCCUUCUUCCUCUUCGUGUUUCUAUUACUAGCUUGCUUUUUGUUUUUCUUUGAUGGCUUUGGGGGUUAGGUCUGUCUGGAGUGUUUGUGCUCUUCUCUCUUUUUCUUAAUGGGAGUCUGCGCCAGGAGCUGUGUUGUAUAUACUUCCGCACAACCCGAUACUUAAUACAUAACUCGG